AUGUCUGCUACUGCCCAUGACUUUGAGCUUGUGAGAAUUCAGACUUACGUUCUUAAAGUUCAGAUCAAUUGUCACGGAUGCAUGCGAAAAGUGAAGAAACUGCUUAAAAAAAUUGAAGGGGUUUAUCAAGUGAAAAUGGAUGUUGAUGAACAAGUGGUCAUAGUAUCUGGGAAUGUGGACUCCGCGACACUGAUCAAGAAGCUAAACAAAUCUGGGAAACAUGCAGAGCUUUUAUCAGAAAACCCAAUGGAAAACCAAGAAACAGAACUACUCUAUAACUGGUUCAAUGAUGACUUUCACCAAAACCAUGGAGCUCUAAACUGGUGUGACAAUGAGAAGACUCAAAACACACAACUCCUUAACUGGCUUAAUAGUAACAAGCAUCAAAACCAAAUGCACAACACUUACAAUUCUUUUGGAACCUCCAAGAGACAGCCUAUGUUUGCCCCUGUUGGACGAAGCUUCGAUCAGUGGGGAAACAAACAGUUUCUGGAACAAAGUAUCGGGAUUGACUCUUUCAUCGGUGAGGCAAAUCAGAACCUUUUUGCACUAGGAAACAUGGAUUAUCCAUAUAAUGGUCAGGAAGAAAGCAUCAUUAACAAUGCAGAUUUUGGAAGCACUUCCCCAUUUGGAGAUCUACGAAGUGUUCAAGGUAGACGAAAUGCAAUGGUUGAUUUUCAAGGUCUCCGAAACACUUAUCCUAGUUUUGCUCCAAACCAAGGUCUCAAAAGUACUAAUUCCCGCUAUGCUGAUUUGCAAAGCGAAGAGCUAGGACUACCGAACUUACACACUGCUCAAGGGCCUUAUGGAUACCAACCAAGGCCAUUCAGUGAAAUGAAUAACAUGCAAGCUUACCAUUACAAAUAUCCAGCUUCAACAAUGAACUCUUUUUUUGAUUACCCUCCAACAAUGAUGAACUCUUACAGCCAGAACAGGCAUGCCAAUGGCAUUGACAACUUCACCAGCGAUAUUUACACAUAUCAACCAGGGAGAAUUCUCAAUCAGACACCCUAUGGUGUCUUCCCACCCAUCAGCCAUUCUUGGAACAUGAAUAGCUAUAACAAUUGAGAGACUUUCCAUCCAUACCUAUAUAUGUGGUUAAGAUUUCAGUUUUCAAACUUCCGUCUCUUUGAUCUUUUCUUUGUUAAAAGUAAUUUCACUACUAUACAUUGCCGGUGCAAAACUUUGUUAAUACUAUCCUAGUGUUUUAACAUACUGUAAUAGCCUAAUAGCUAAC